AUGGCUGCCUCAAUCAUAGGGAAGGCAUUCACUGCCUCCCUUCUCAUCGUAUCUGGAUUUGCCUUGCCGCAGGACCUUAAAGGUAGUUCGGGCUUGAAAAGGGAUACCUCUAGCCUUGUACAACCGAUACACCAGUCUUUCCCCCUUGGUACCAUCAAGCCACGAGGAUGGUUCAAAGACCAACUUCAAUUAGAAUCUUACGGGCUUGCGGGGAACAUGUUUGACUUCUACCGAUUUGUCCAUGACUCCUCGUGGAUAGGCGGCUCAUCCGAGUACUCGGCACUGCGUGAAUCGGCCCCGUACUGGUUCAAUGGCCUUGUGCCCCUCGCUUUUGGAUUAGACGACCCUAGGCUCAAGGGGCAAGUUUACUCCUUUAUGGACUACGUCCUAGAUCACCAACAGGCUGAUGGCUGGCUUGGACCUGAGAUAACUGUUGAGAGUCGAGGCUUAUGGGGUCGAUGCUACUUCUUGCUGGGGUUAAUGCAAUAUGCCCAAGCGGACCCUUCGCAAACGGACAGGAUUGUGGAUUCUAUGCAUCGAUAUAUACAUAUCGCCAAUAGCAUGCUAAAAAAUAAUUUCACCGGCCUCAUUCAGCAGGAGGGCCAAGAUAUUGACAAUGAUGGGUUCGGCCCUAUGCGAGCUCACGAGAUGCAUAUUCCACUUCAGUGGCUUUAUGAAAAUCACCCUCGAAACAACUCGCAACUGAUUUGGGAGACCAUGGAACUCAUGAUUGAGGGAAGCGUUAAAGCUAGCAGCGACUGGAGAACUUUCUGGGUAAAAGGGGUAUACCCAGAAGUCACAUACACUCCACGAAACGAGCCCUACAAAGGCUUGUUCAAUCAUGGUGUGAACAUGGCAGAAGGCUUACGAUAUCCCCUUGCGAUAUAUCGGAUGACCCACGACGAGGCCUUAAAGACACAGACAAGAACGGCGGUUGAUUUGUUAUCGCAAUACCACAAGUCUUUAGCCGGAACCAUCAUUGCGGACGAAUUUGUCACUGACCUCAACCCAAUCAGAGGGGCAGAACUGUGCACCGCUGCAGAGUUGGCAUUUUCUAUGGCCUAUAUUUACCAAUACCUUGGCGACAACGACUUGGCGGACUGGACCGAAGAAGUCGCAUUCAACGCUCUGCCUGGAUCGAUCUUCCCGGAUUGGUGGUCGCACCAAUAUGUGCAGCAGGAAAACCAGCCUUGGUCACGUAACUUAUCAGUGUAUCCCGACAUGUGGGCAAACGUGGGAACACAUGGCAACGUGUUUGGUCUGGAACCUAACUACCCAUGCUGUACGGUUAAUCAUCCUCAGGCAUAUCCAAAGUUCCUCGCCAACUCGUUCACCCUCACGGAAGAUGGAGGAAUUGCUCAUGUCCUACUGAUCCCUGGAAGCGUCACUACUUCAUUGGGGGGCAGGAACCUAGUAUCUAUCCAGGCUGAUACCAACUACCCGUUCGGAAUGAACCUGAAAUACUCGAUCACUUCUGCGUCUGACUUUACGUUCUACGUCCGCAUUCCAGGCUGGGCAGACAAGUCCAGCACCAUCACCGGACCCGGAAGUACCUCCAGCAACCCGAUUUCUCCGUCGGACCAGGGGCUGCAGAAGAUCCAGGUCAGCAGAGGCCUUAGCAACUUUAACAUCAACCUCGAGACGGAGCCUCGGGUGGUCACGAGGGCCAACAACACCGCUGCCAUAUACUAUGGACCGCUGCUCUAUAGUCUGUACAUCGACGCCAAGGUGACGGAGAUAACCCCCGUAUCGUACACGGGCGAGGCGCUGUAUAGUAACAGCACCUCGCCUCACACGCACGACCACAUCAUCGAGCCCCAGAGCAAAUGGAACAUCGCCAUCGACCCGUCGCAGGUCAAGGCCGUGGUUGCAGAUGUGUCGACCCUGUCAAACCCUAUCUGGGACCUUGGUGCCCCACCCGUAGAGCUUCGCAUCGCUGCCGUCGAGAUUGACUGGCCGCUCGAGUUCGACACUGCGGCUGAUCCACCGCUCGAGACAAAGGUUGUCGGAAAGCCUUUUGUCGCCCGACUGGUGCCGUUCGGGAGUGCCAAGAUACACAUGGCGCAUUUUCCUGUCGUUAACUUGGCUAAGAUGGAUUUGUCGAGUUGA